GUCGGAAGUCAAAGGUCAGUAAAUAGUGGUGAUGUCAUGCUGGCAAGAUGGCGGAAGGGGAGGACGUGGGAUGGUGGAGGAGCUGGCUGCAGCAGAGCUACCAGGCAGUCAAGGAAAAGUCCUCCGAAGCCUUGGAGUUCAUGAAGCGGGACCUAACAGAAUUCACCCAGGUGGUGCAGCAUGACACAGCCUGCACUAUUGCAGCCACGGCCAGCGUGGUCAAGGAGAAGCUGUCUACUGAAGGCUCCUCAGGGGCAACGGAGAAAAUGAAGAAGGGUUUGUCUGACUUCCUUGGGGUGAUCUCCGACACCUUUGCUCCCUCACCAGACAAAACCAUCGACUGUGAUGUCAUCACCCUGAUGGGCACGCCCUCUGGCACAGCUGAGCCCUAUGAUGGCACCAAGGCUCGUCUCUAUAGCCUGCAGUCAGAUCCGGCAACCUACUGCAAUGAACCAGAUGGGCCUCCGGAAUUAUUUGAUGCCUGGCUUUCCCAGUUCUGCUUGGAGGAGAAGAAGGGGGAGAUCUCCGAGCUCCUUGUAGGCAGCCCCUCCAUCCGGGCCCUCUACACCAAGAUGGUACCAGCAGCUGUUUCCCAUUCAGAAUUCUGGCAUCGGUAUUUUUAUAAAGUUCAUCAACUAGAGCAGGAACAGGCCCGGAGGGAUGCCCUGAAGCAGCGGGCAGAACAAAGCAUCUCUGAGGAGCCUGGAUGGGAGGAGGAAGAAGAGGAGCUUGUUGGCAUUUCAUCCACAUCUCCAAAAGAGGCAAAGGUUCCUGUGACCAAAAUUUGCACAUCCCUUGGAGAACCUGGCCCCCGGAGCCCCUGUGAAGAGAACCUGGUAAUCCCAGUAGAGCCUCCAACAGAGGUGACCCCAUCAGAGAGCAGUGAGAGCAUCUCCCCCGUGACACAGAUUGCCAAACCUGCCACCACACCUGAGGCACCAGUGCUGCCCAAGGACCUGUCCCAAAAGCUUCUAGAGGCAUCUUUGGAGGAACAGAACCUGGCUGUGGAUGUGGGCGAGACUGGACCCCCGCCCCCACCUCAGUCCAAGCCCCACACCUUUGCUGGCCGCUCCAGUGGCCCAGAGCCCAGGCCUCCAGCCAGAGUAGAGACUCUCAGGGAGGAGGUGCUCACAGACUUACGGGUGUUUGAGCUGAACUCGGACAGUGGGAAGUCUACACCCUCCAACAAUGGAAAAAAAGGCUCAAGCACGGACAUCAGCGAGGAUUGGGAGAAGGACUUUGACUUGGACAUGACUGAAGAAGAAGUGCAGAUGGCUCUUUCCAAAGUAGAUGCCUCGGGUGAGCUGGAAGAUGUAGAGUGGGAGGACUGGGAAUGAGGGGAGCCAGAACAAGCAGCUCCUCCUCCCACAGCACCUCCCAUUUCCCUCGAUCGUCUCAGCCCAGCCCUGGAAGACACUGACCAAGAAUGGCCCCCAAAUGGCCUCUGUCAACCAGAGCUCUAGGCACAGAUUCUGAGUUGCUCCUUGCUGGCCCUGUGGGCCUCUGCUCAUAUCUGGAAAGGGGCUCACAAAAUCCAAACCAAGAACCCUGACUUGUGCCAACCAUAGGAUGACCUAAGGGGGAGGAAAACUACCCCCUCACCUACCGGAAGAGCCUACAUUUCAAUGCUGAAUACCCACUGUUCCUGGGGACUCUCGCUGGAAGUCCCAAGGGAUAGCUUCAUCCCUUCUGCCUGUGUGGACAGAAGCUAAACCACCAGUCUUGGAAGAAACCAAGUGAACACACUGUCCACCCAUAAGCAGGCAAGGAACGCCAUGCCACCUGCCCUUGGGUAGACAAGGGUGUCAAACACAUUUUGGUUCCUAUUCCAGUGGGUAAGAGACAUUUGACUCUGGGAAAUAAGCCUCUCUUGGGAAUCUCCCCUUCCAGGCAUUUCCCUUUCCUGGAAAGGUUCCUUGUCGUUCAGAAUCUAGAGACCAAACUCUAAUUUCCCACCUCCUUUCAUCCAGCCCAGGCUGGUAUGUCCCCAAUGCCUUUCCCGGGGCUUCUUCAUGUCAGAUGCACCCAAGUCCUUAGCCCAGCUGUGCCACCUGCAAGACUCUGCUCUUGCUUUUCUUAUCCUCCCCAAGAAGGGAGGGGCCCCUUCAGGCCCUUCUGUGCAUUGCCUGGCAGGGUACCUUGUCCAGCCAGCUACCCACCUCAGUUCACCUGGAUCUUAGGACACAAGCCAGCUCACAAGCGGUACAGAGCAGUGAUCAAAGCUGACUACUUAAAACUCCGAUAAGCCCAAUUUUUCUGCCUCAACCCUUCUCCUUGAAGGGAUAUGCUGGGGUGAAUUCUUGAGACUCUCAUCAAGCAUCUGAAAAAGCCCUUCCUGAAGGCAGACCCAGUCUUUGUGGCUCUUACCCUCCACUCUGCUAAAGCUGCACCUCUCUUGGGGGAAUGAGGGGCUGUAGGAAUCCCUGGAGACCCUGGUGCUUCACCAUGCUGCUCUGGCAUUCUAGUACAUAGUCUGGCGUGUUCACCAAUGAUUUAUUGGGAUUGUGGCAGGGAUGCCAGGAGAGGUGGUCACUUCCACUUCAGAUUUCAAUGAGGGGGUGGGAUGGAGAGAAUGCUGAAUCUUUUUGAUGGGAUGGGGUUUUUCUCUUUGUAAUUAUUUCUUUAGUUUAAUCUUUUGGUUGUUUGUGCAAUAUUAUAUAUUUUAAAUUAUAAUGCAUCUCCCCAGAGUAUUUUGUAGCUGGGAAAAGAAAAACAGGAAGAAAAAAAAGAUUCUAACAGCUGUUAGUUUUGUAAUUAAAAAAGAAGAAAAAAGAACUUUGCCCUGAACCUUUUCCAGACUUGCCGUUAACAGCAUUAAAGAGAUUGGACAGAAGCUG